UGGAUCAGCGAUUAGUAAGUAAGCCACAGGAAGGAGGGGCUGGCCAAGCAGCGACGCAGGAUGAAUUUGAGCCGUCAAAAUUUGGUUCUUAGUAUACGCAAUGACGCUGCUAUUUUAUUUAGGAACUAUCAUCUUCACAGUCGUUGUAUCUACUCUAGGAGACCAGGUAGUGGCCCAUGAGUAUCUCCGAAACUUUCUGUGGUUGCGCGCUGCAGCCGACAACGUGACACAUGGCUUGGUCGGACUUAUCUGCUGGGUGGCAGCUUGCGGCCCCCGUUGCUUUCCAGCCAGCCUACGAGAAGGCAUUCUUUGUGGCUUUAUCGCUUGCGCGCUCGAUGUUGAUCACUUCGUGGCCGCUGCAUCGGUGAAGAUCGAGGAUGCAACCCGCCUACGAGCCAGGCCCUUUCUCCACUGCACCUCCAUCGUGAUCCUUGCCAUAUUGAUAAUCAUGCUGGCUGCAAGGCUGACUGGUCAGCUGCAACUUUAUCACCUCACGUUGAUGGCAAGCGUUGCCGUCACUUCGCAUCACCUUCGAGAUUCUCUACGAAGGGGACUGUGGCUCUGGCCUUAUGGAAGCACACCACCGGUGAAAAUUGGAUUUUAUUAUGCGGGUCUUGGCUGCAUUAUAUUAGUGGCAUCGCUGGGGAUACGGACUAGCUUGCAAAAGGAAGAUCCUAUUGUGAGCCUGGUGUGAACUACCGAGACUACAAAUAAACAGGCAUUUGUGCACA